GGAACGGGAAAACAUGGGCAUGGUUACAACUGGAGCUUAUAAAAGCAAAACAGGAAAACUGUGGAGGAACUUUUGUGGUGGAAGGGGUUAAAUGAAAUCCAACUCUCCUUUUCCUGUGCAGUAAGGAUUAGUAACCAAACAGAAGCUAGAGGAGUGAGGAGGGUGUUAGAAUCACUGACUGAAGACUGGAGAAGCUGGAUACUGGAGUGUUGCUCUGAGUGGGGUUGCUGCCUCUUGCCGUCAUCUGCAAAUACACAUGUGGCAGAACAUGAUGGUGUUUCGGUUCCUCCUGCUUGUGUUAACAGUGGUGCCGCCCUCUGUGUCAGCAGCUCUCAAAGCAAAGAGGCAAAGUGACCUCUGGGGAAGCUGGGGCGAAUGGGGCGAAUGCAGCCGGAGCUGUGGUGGGGGUGUCAGUGUUCGACAGCGACGCUGCUACUCACAAAGGACUGAUGGCAGUUCCAGUUGUAUAGGGCCAUCUCGAAGCCAUCGCUCAUGCAAUGUCCAGAACUGUCCUGAAGGCUCCAGAGAUUUUCGAGCAGAGCAAUGUGCUAUGUUUGAUGGGACAGAAUUUCAAGGAAAGAGAUACAAGUGGCUGCCGUAUUAUGGAGCACCCAAUAAAUGUGAACUCAACUGUAUACCAAAAGGAGAGAAUUUCUACUACAGGCACAAGGAAUCUGUGGUUGAUGGGACAGCCUGUGAGCCUGGGAAACGUGACGUCUGUGUGGAGGGAGUUUGUCAAGCUGUGGGCUGUGAUAACAUGCUGGAUUCUUCCAAGAAGGAGGACAAGUGUCUGCAGUGUGGUGGGGAUAGCAGAGCCUGUUUUGAAGUGAAGGGCCUCUUUGAUGUACCCAACAUCCCUAAAGGCUACAAUCAAAUCUUCAUCAUUCCCAUGGGAGCCACAAGUAUCCAUAUUAAGGAAGCGACACCAACCAGAAACUUCCUGGCCAUCAGGAAUAUCCUGGGAUCUUACUAUUUAAAUGGGCACUGGACAAUUGAAUUCAGUCGGACCUUGCAUAUUGCUAGCACAGUUGUACAUUAUGACAGGGGUUCUGAGGGUGAUCUGGCUCCUGAGCUGCUUCAUGCCAGAGGUCCCACUACUGAGCCCUUGAUCAUUGAGCUUAUCGGCCAGGAGCCCAACCGAGGGGUGCAUUACGAAUACUACCUGCCCUUCCAAAGGCAGAGCUUGGGCUACAACUGGGGCUAUGGCUCCUGGGAAGAAUGCAGUGCUGAGUGUGGUGGAGGUUACCAGUCACGCCUGGUCUUUUGCACCAUUGACAAUGAAGCAUAUCCGGAUUAUAUGUGCAGAGAUAAGCUACGACCAGAAAAUAACCGGACGUGUGGCCUUCAGUCGUGCCCACAGACAAAACGGAUAUCUUACCUCUAUCUGCCGGGAGCAUGGAGCCACAGCAGAGCAUGGAGCUUGCAAACAAAGAGCUGGAAAACUGGGGACUGGGGAGCUUGCUCAGCCACCUGUGGAGGAGGCACACAGACCCGUUCAGUUUAUUGUGUCUCCUACAAUGGACAUAGUUCUCAGGACGUAGCGGAUGAUGUGGAGUGUGCAUCAUUAACAGAGAGGCCACGCAGCACACAGCCUUGCAACAUGCGGCAGUGUGCAAUGUGGACUACAGGACCUUGGUCAGAGUGCUCAACUAGCUGUGGGGAAGGUAUUCAGACUCGGACUGUACUCUGCAGGUCAGAGCUGGGCUCUCAGACUCUAGAUGUUGCCUGCUUGACAGAACGAAAACCUCCUCAUACUCAGCCCUGCACUGGAGAGAAUUGCAUACAGGAGAUUGGUUGGCACGUUGGAGACUGGGGGUUGUGUUCGAAGAGCUGUGACUCGGGCAUCCGGACCCGCCAGGUAAUCUGCGCUGAUGAUGAUUCAAAAUCCUACGACCAUGUGAUGUGCCAGGCCAUCCAACCACAGAUACCAGCAAGGAUUGGAAGCUGCAACACUCAGCUUUGCCAUCUGCCACAAGAAGUUCCCAGUAUGCAGGAUGCCACAGGCUAUGAUAUCAGUCGCCGGACCUUAUUGACCCGCUACAACCCUGACAAUGGUGCCACAGUUUCUAGAAAUGAAAGAGUAAUCCAUGGUGGCUCUGCUCAUCACCAGCUCCAGCCCAGUGAAGAUCACAGCUCCAACUUCUUGCCCCUUAGAUGGGAAUCUCAGUUGGGCUCCUCAGUGUCCCGUCACUUCAACUCCCAUCAAAAUGUUGCUGCAAGGACUGAUGUUCAGGACUGUAGCCAGAGCCCUCAUGGUUGCUGUUCAGAUGGUCACACUCCAGCAUCUGGUCCCUUUGGUCAAGGCUGCCCGUUUGACACAUGCCAUCAGAGCAGGUACGGGUGCUGCCUUGAUGGAAUAUCACCUGCCCAAGGGCCAAACAAAGAAGGGUGCCCACAAUAUUACAGUGAUGUUUAUGUUAAUAGAAAUGAGCCUGCUGUCGCCGCUCCAGUGGCAAGCCGAGUUCUGUCCCAGCAGAGGCCAGCAGAGGAGUGCCGAGGGUCUAUGUAUGGUUGUUGUUAUGACAACAUUGCUUCUGCUUCAGGUCCUCAAGGGGAAGGAUGCCUCAAUAGACCAAGCCAAUCUUAUCCUGUCAACUGUCUGUUACCCAGUGCCCAUGGCCCCUGCACAGAUUGGGCAACUCAUUGGUACUUUGUACAUGAUGUUGGAAGGUGCAAUCGAUUCUGGUAUGGGGGGUGCCAUGGCAAUAACAACAACUUUGCUUCUGAAGAGGAGUGCAUGAGAACUUGCCAUGGGUCAGUGGGAAGAAACAAUGUGAGGAAUCACCACCAUGUUGCUGUUCCUAACAUCCACUCUAGUCAUCACUUGCAAGAAGGGAAUGUGCAGGAACAGCAGCCUGCAAGAGGAACCAUCGGUCACAGCCAUGGAGGAGGAGGAGGACGUGAGGUUUUCCAUGCGCAAGCUGGCUCAGACGCUCAUUCCACACUACAUCACAGGGAGAUGGGUGGAGGAAUGGCCACGGUUGUAGAUAGACUGGCAGAGUCUCAACAAGGGACUGGCGUGCUAGAUAGUCAGCAUUGGAGUUCUCGCCAUUCAGUAGCUCAUGGGGAAAGACGGAUAGAUCCAGAAAACCAUGUCCAUAGGUUGGGUGAAACAGUGCUUUCUGGACACACAGAGAGGCGACUGACUGUCAAUGGUCAAACCAUGCACCAUGAGCGUCAAGAAUUGGGAAGGCAGUCUGGAACAGUUGGAUCAACAGUGAAUCGAUUUGAGCACCAAGAUCCACCAGUGUCUUCCUUCCCACGCUCUCUGAACAGGGUCCUCUUGGAUGGAUCUGAGCCUUCUGCAGUGGAGGCAGGCAUGGGCCAGAGCAUUCGUCUUCUUUGCAAGGCAGGAAGUACUCCUUUUGCCAGAGUUGAAUGGCAGAAAGAUGGGCGGCCACUGUCCUCCGAUAGGCAUACCUACCAAUCUGACAGUUCCUUGGUGAUCAGCCAACUUAGAGCUGAGGAUGCAGGGACCUACACGUGCAUCAUUUCAAAUGGGAGGACUGAACGUAGACAGAUUCAGCUGAGGAUCAAAGAAACCCAUGCUGUGGCACAGGGAACAAGGCACCAGCUUACUCAUGGUCAGACUCACCAACACAGAGUACUUGGUACAGGAGAUAGUACUGGACAGUCACUUGUGUCCUCAGUGAACCCUCAUACCAUAUACAGGUUGAAGAUGUUUAAGACAGAGCCCUCAGUCGUUGAUGCCAACAUUGGUGAGCGAGUCAGAUUGCCUUGUCGUGUAGAGGCUUCACCUUCUUUGGCCAUUGAAUGGCAGAAAGAUGGGCAGCCCAUCUCCUCGCCCAGGCAUAGGCAGCAGUCAGAUGGCGCUUUGGUGAUCAGUCGUCUCAGCACUGAAGAUGCUGGCUUUUUUACCUGCAUUGCUUCCAAUGGUCGGGACCAGGAUGAGAGAAGAAUCCAGAUCAGACCCAAAGGAGAGUUGAGAAUCACUGGUCUGCUGCCCAGCCUCUCUGUGUCAGAGGGGGAGAACGCCCAACUUCGGUGCAUUGUGACAGGCAACAAUGUGAACAUAAGAUGGUCACGGAAUGGCGUUCUAGUGAGAGCUGAUGGCCAUCGUGUCCAGAUGGCUCAGGACGGAAGCCUGCUUAUAAGGAAUGUGCAGCUCAGUGAUGAAGGGUCCUACACCUGCAAUGCCUACAGUGGCAGCAACUCUGUCAGUGCCAAUGCAGAAGUGAAAGUGAUCAGGAAAAGCCCGGAAGUACUUACAUCCCUCCCUGUGGACCCAAGCAGGGAAUGUGUUGAUCAGCCACACCUUGCCAACUGCAACCUGAUUGUACAGGCCCAGCUUUGCAGUAAUGAGUAUUACUCCAGCUUCUGCUGUGCCAGCUGUUCUCGCCACCAGGGCUAACCCUGUCGUCCUCUCACCCAUGGGACCAUGCUUUAAGAAGAAGCCGCCAACUAUGACCAACACUGGCAGUUUCUGAAGAUGAUUUACUCAACCCCACACGGAGGAAAGUCAGUAUGGCCAAUUAAGACAGUGGAUAAACAGUUGGCAGUAGCCUCCACCUUCAGGGUGUGUGUGUGUUUUUUUAUAAAGUUUUGCAACAUGCACAAAGUUCUAGGAACUGACUGACCUGCCUGCUUACAAGAAGAUCAUUUCUCCAACAAAGCUUAAACUAUUUGGACACGAGUCAAAAGCAAAAAAGAUGUUUUAAGACCAAUCUAUGAAAACAUUUGGGUAGAGACCAGCAACACUUACCUGUAAAGUUAACCAAACACUAAAAUAGAUUAAGUGAAGCCGGUGUUCAUGGGAUAAGGAAAAUGGCUGACCACAUUCCUGUAGAAGUCUGGGAUGCUGACUUUCACUUGUUAUGGUCCAGUAUUCUACAACCUUUCAGCUUUCAAGAGUUACAAGCAGGCAGAGUAGGUUUGUUUCACAGCAGCUAAGCAGAAUUAUUAAUGAAGAGGUCUGGGACCUGUGCAGACAUUUAGAACUGGAGCUGCAGGGACUCAGGCUGGGGAUGUGGGCAGGGAGAGACAGACAUGAGAAUUGUGAGAGAGUCUUGUACUUUAGAUAUACUUAACACAGUAAGUUGCCGAAAUAAGAAAAUGUUUGCAAGUUAUUAUUCUUCCUGCUCAUGAAUAUCUUUAUAUGGGAUUUCCUUAUAUGUGGCUGUUAGGAUGCCAGCUUCAAGCCUUAGUCAAACCUGCCUCCUUGGGUUUAUCCUUGUCACUUCUCAACUUCUGAACUUGAGUGGGUGGCAUCCAAGGAGGACUGAUUAUCUCAAGAAAGCUCAGGAUAGUUAAGGGGAGCACUUGCUUGAAAGGCCACAAUGAGUUCUACUUUACCCACCAACUAGAAACAAGUUAUCUGAACUGAGGGCAGCACUGAUCCAAACCUGAAAGAAUUACAUAAGGAAAAAUCAUCGCCCAAGUCUCCCAGUCAACUAUAAAGCAAGCCAGUUGUUGAGCCAAGCACCUACUGAUAACUUGGAAGUAAAUCCACAGAUCAAGAGUGUCAAAACAAUGGGAGUAGAGGAGCAAGCGAAGUGCAACAACCCCCCCCUCCUUCUUUUUACUCAUCCUCUGCUUUGGUUUGCACUCAAAUUGUUUCAAGUAAUUAGACUUAUUCAAACAUUAUGUACAGAUGUCUUUAUACAGGUAUGUUUGUGUGAAUUACUGUACCUGCAUUCAUUUUAAAACCGAAACUGGAUACAGGCUCCUCAAAUGCAUGGUGCAAGUAAAAAAUGUGCUGAGGUAUCUGUGAUCAACAUGUCAAUAACUGUAUUAGUGUACAACAUUAGUUGUCCACCACUUGCUAUGGAAAUGGCUUUUAUUUCCCCAUUUUCAGCAGGUUGUUACAGCUCACACAAGUGCACAUUGUACAUUUCUAGGGCCACUCUUAGUAGAGAUGUAAUUGUAGUCAGGCAACAACUAACUAUCCACAGUUUAACUAUGUACUCAAAAGGGCCUAUUCCCAUAUUACUAGCAUCCAAAUAAUCUAUAAUCUUAUGCAGUGGAGUGAUGUGCAGGAGAUGCAUAUCCUUGAAAACUAAUGAACCAACCCCAAGUCCUAUUGUUCUGAUGUUUUUAAUACAAAGAGUGAAAAUGUCAGUUCUAGCACAAAAUGCUGAAACAUUUAAGUCUGGCAGGCAGAUUAGUUAUACAAGACAUUUCUCUCUUUAAAAAACUACCUGGACACCAUUUCAGAAAUACUGGAAUAAGCAAUACCUGUGAAGCUAUUUAUCCCAAAGAUAAUUAAAGACAAGUCAUGCUAUUCUUGGUUUUUUAAAUAAUCUCUUAAACUGCAUUUGAGAAAGAUCCUUCUAGUACCAUUCUCAAGAUUAUGAAUACUUAUGUCAUCUAUCAGCCAACAUAGAAAACUGGGUGGGGAAGUGCAUUGGGGCUAUUAUUCCAGGGGCCAAGAGUUGAAACCAACCUAGCCUUGUUCUCAGCAUCAUCCGAUUUUCAAGUAGAGAGGAUCACCACCUAUAUUCAUAAGACUAAAGAAGAAUAUUCUAUCAUUUGGAGCUGUAAAAACAAAAGCAGUAUAUAAAGCACAAAAUUUAAUUGAGUCCAUCAUGGGCAGUGUUUAAGAACAUUAUAUCCAAGUUUUUUUCAAGCUGAAAAAUAAAGAUGCAAGUUUGAUGUUA